UUGUGAGAAGUGAUCCAAAGAUCGCUGUUCUCUCCACUGCAUUUCUGAUGUGCCUGCAAACUGCAGAGGACGUCAUCUAAACAACUGGUUAAACAUGAAGCAAGGAUCAAGCCUUCUUUUUUGUUCCAUGGUGCUGCUAGUAAAGUUUAGCUGUUACAAUGAAGUUGCUGCAGAAGAUAACGCUCAACAACCUCAAGGAUCUUGUGCAAACUGGAUGGCUGGAACACCAGGUUACCCAGGCCAUAAUGGAGUUCCAGGGAGAGAUGGACGGGAUGGAAGAGAUGGCCAAAAGGGAGAUAAAGGAGAGCAAGGUGAACCUGGUCCAAAAGGGGAUAAUGGAAGCUUAGGAGUCGCUGGUGCUGAAGGUCCUCAAGGAGUGCCAGGUCUUCCAGGAUUCCCAGGAUUAAAAGGGGAAAAAGGUGGAAGUGCUACUAUCUAUCGAUCUGCCUUUAGUGUUGGUUUAACAUCCAGAGUCUCUUAUAUCAAUAUGCCCAUCAAAUUUACAAAGAUCUUCUACAAUGAACAAAAUCACUAUGAUGUAGUUACAGGAAAGUUCCAGUGCACCAUUCCUGGAGUAUACUAUUUUGCAUAUCAUCUCAGUGUAUACGCCUCAGAUGUGAAGGUCAGUUUAUUCAAGAAGGACACGGCAAUCAUAAUCACCUAUGACCAGUACCAGAAAAAUGAUGUUGAUCAGGCUUCUGGAUCUGUUUUACUCCACUUGGCAUCUGGGGAUGAGGUGUGGCUGCAGUUAUAUGGAGAAGAAGAAAACAGUAGUAUCUAUGCUGAUAAUGUUAAUGAUUCUACUUUCAUGGGAUUCUUACUCUACCCUGAUUUGAGUUAUGGGCGCUAGAAUGGGGUGGGUCGGGACAUGGACUAUAUAUUUUUUUGUAGACUUCUGGUAUGUUAAAAACACAAAAAAUCACAAUACAUAGAAUCAUAAACUCAAAGGUGGUUCACAUUUGAAUGUUUAUUGCUUGGAUAUUAUGAUGAUUUGUAUGUGUGAGUCAUCAAAUCUUUGUACCCCUUCACACAACUCCAGUGGUUUGCCUUUCAUACAUCCAGUUGUCUGUUAUUGUCAGCCUCACUAGGUAGACCAGACAAGAAACAUGAGCAGAUGAGUUAAUUUUACUUUAUUGUAAAGCUACAUUAACAGAAUCUUUCAAGUCUGAAAGUACAAUCCUCCCACUGUCUCCUUUACAGCCCAGGAAACCAAGGAGCUUCUUGCCUUGCCCGCUAUCCAGCUGCAGGCUAUGCUGUCUCUUAUAUGAUCGUUUCCUAGGCAGCGUUUCUUGGCCCAUUCUCCCAAGAUCUUUCCUACAUACCAUUACAGUUAUGCAAUAAUCAGAUAUAAUGAAAUCAAGUAAUAUGUCCAUGUGCACACACACACAUA